AUGUUAGUCGCUGCCUCAAAUUCUCGUUCUCCCAAGCAGCUUGGUAGUGGUGAAUCAGCAUCCUCUUCAUCAUCGCAAUCUGACUUGUUUUCUGCGCUUUCUUCGUGGUCAUCCUCCAUCCAAAAAACGUUUAAUGAAGUCUCUCAAACCAUUACUGCCAACAUUAACACGAUCGAUCAUUCAAGUAGUAGUAGUAGCAAUACCAACACUUCCUCAAGUACUACUACCCCCACCACGAAUCCAUCAUCAUCCUCCACCAUUGUGCCUUCUGCGUCCUCCAUGACAUCAUCAUCUCGGCCGUCAUCACCAACGAAUCUCAACAAAAAACAAAAACAAAUGUUGAAAGAAAAACGCCCUCUGAUGAGGAAUCAGGAUUUUUCGAGUGAAGAGGAUGAAGAAUCCAUGAUUGGAUCAUCAGCAUUGAAGAAGAAGAGUAGUAGUACAACAGCAUCUGAAUCUAUUGGCGAUUGGUUCUCUUCGGUUCAAAAUUCAAUCACCAAACAAUUCAAUGAAUGGUCAUCACCCACCUCGUCAUCUUCCAAUAAUAACACCACUUCGGAUGAUGAUGGACCUCUUGCCAAGGCUCACUCCUCCCGAAUCAAAUCACCAUCUACCUCAUCUUCUAAUGUAGCUUCAUCAUCCAACGGUUUUAUGGAUUCUCUUUCCUCUACCUUUGCCUCCAUUAAAACACAAACCAACGACAAGUGGACUCUUUUGAGAGAUCAAUUCUUUGACAAUAACAGUCAGAAUACAAUUGAUGAAAACGAUAAUUCGUUCCUCGGAAGACUUUCCAAAGAAGUUGAUGGUAUGAUCACUCUCUCUGCCAAACAACGCAUGUAUGGCUUUUUCAUGUCUCUCGGCUUUGGUUUGUUAUGUAUUAUAAUUGCUCUUGGCUUUUUGCCAUCCAUCCUUUUUGCAUCGGGAGCAUUUGCCUUCUUCUAUACUUUUGGUAAUUUGUUGUGCCUCGUGUCGACAUUCUUCUUGGUUGGACCUGUGGCUCAAAUUAAAAACAUGGCAAAGCCUGAUCGAGCAAUUCCUUCUGCAUUAUUUAUUGCUUCCAUGGUUUUAACUUUGAUUUGUGUGUUUGCAAUGCCAAUUGCACUGUUGAUUAUUUUGCUUGUCAUUACACAGGCAGUGGGAUUGGUUUGGUAUGUCAUUUCCUACAUUCCAUUUGCUCAACAAAUUCUAGGUAUGAUAUUCUCUUCCUUUAUGAGAAUUUUCAAUUAA